AUGGCCGCAGCCGACACUACCCGCACCGCAUCACCGACUCCAAACAACGACAUUCCGCGGGACCAUGACGACCAACAGCAAGUCACGCUUCCCCCAUCCUUGGACGUGCGCUUCUCUACCCCUCACAUUGAUGAGACCUGCCAUGAUGUCAAGACGAGUAGCCAUCGCCAGCCUCGCGGGGGGCUUGCUCAGGUGCUUGCAAGUGAGCCAUCCCCCGCCCACCAGCGACCAAACGUUCCCAACAAAAAUGCCUACCAUGACAUACUACAUUCCUGGAUGGGCCUCCACCGCGCGUUCCGCGAGCCUGCCGCCCCGUGCCGCCGCCCCCGUGCGCGCUCCCAGCCGCCGCACUACGACACCUUUCCCUACAGCAGCGCAUGCGACGAUGGUGUCUGCUGCAGCACCCCGGCAACCAAUACCGCCGCGUUCAGUGCUGCGAUGGGCUACAUGAUCCUGGAGCCGUACAUCAACGGCCUGCUCAUCUGCGUGCCCCUCGGCAUCUCCUCGUACUGGGCCGCCGCGCCGUCCAUUGUCGUCUUCACCGUCAAUGCCCUGGCCAUUGUGCCCCUGUCGGCGCUGCUCACGGAUGCCACGGAGCGCAUCGCGCUCGAGGCCGGAGAUGCCGUCGGCGCCUUUUUGAACAUCAGCUUGGGCAACAUCGGGGAGCUGAUUCUCUUGUCUGACUCUGAAAGUUUUACCCUCAUGAAUGGACACGUAAGGAUCGUGCAGGCCUCCAUUUUGGGGUCCAUCCUCGUCAACCUCCUCCCUAUUCUUGGCAGCGCUCUCAUUGCCGCCGACACCACCGGUGGCGACGACUCCCUCCGCAGUACCGAAACCCAGAUUUUGGCUUGUCUGCUCUUUGUGUCCGUCUUUGUCUUUAUGAUCCCUACUGCAUUCCACUUCACAUUCAAUGACGCCCACCGCAUCAAUGACAUGGUCGUCGACAUGAGCCGCGCCUCCGCCAUCCUCAUCCUCGUCAUGUACGUUGCCUACUUCCUGCACACCCUGCAAAGCAGCCACCGCGUCUUCUCCGACGACGAGGAGCAAGACCUGCCCCCGCCCGUGACGCCGCCGCCGCUGCUGCGCCGCCCCUCUCCCCCAUUGACACCCGGACCGCGCACCCUCCGCUUCGCCGACGGCGCCAAGACCAAGCCCACGUCGGACCUGUACGCCCGUCGCAUCUUUGAGAUUGGCCCCGCCAGCGUGGACUCGGACGGCGGCGGCGGCCCCGAGGAGCAGCCGCCGCCACCAACCCCGCGCGGCCGCUCCCUGACCGGCACCCACGGCCCGCACAGCGCCUACACCGUGUCCUCGCCACUGCUUCUCCCGCCGCACAUGCGCCUCUACCAGUCACGCUCCCGGUCCGCCGGAUCGAGCCGCAGCCGCGCCUCGUCCGGGAUGAGCAGCCGGCGGCGGCCGCGCUCCUUUGCGCGGGCCGGCCUGGCGCGCGUCCUCAGCAACGAUCGGCAGCAGCAGCGCGAAGAGAUGGCGGACGACGACGACGACGACGACACCAGCGGCCGGCUCGGCACCAUCCUGGCAUCCGGCACUGUGCUCCUCGUCGCGUCGCUGCUGCUCGCCGUCUCGGCGCGGCUGCUCGCCGGCACGCUCGACGCGGUGACGCGCCGCCGGGGCGUGUCCGGGGCCGUCAUCGGGCUCGUGCUGCUGCCGCUGGCCGGCAACCUGUCGGGGUUCCUGACGGUGGUGGCCGUGGCGGCGCGCGACAACCUGGACCUGGCCGUGGCCGUGUCGGCCGGCUCGGCGAUCCAGGUCGCGCUGUGCGCGGCGCCGCUGACGGUGCUCGCGGGCUGGGCGCUGGGGCGGCCCGUCGGGCUGGCGCUCGACGGGCUGCAGAUGGCCGUGCUGCUUGGCGCCGUGUCGCUCGUCAACUUGCUGGUGCUGGGCGGGGCGCAUGCCGGUGAUGGGCGCAGGGCGACGGGACUCAAAGGCGGGAUACUGUGCGCCUGCUUCCUCGUGAUUGGGUGA